GGCAAGCUGCCAUUUGUUGGGAGCAGGACAGGAGAUUGUUCAAUGUCUCCUCUUACAAGCUUCCACCGUAUUGCUCACGACACAUUCUCCUCCUUCCUCCUCUCACUGGUACACUCUCUCUCUCUCUCUAACUCUAUGACAAAUGACGGAUCUUUCUUACUGGGUUCAGAAGAUGUCGUUAAUAACCGGAUCAGCCUCUGGUGGGAGCAAGCGAGAGCUAUAGUAGUUGUGCCCUUCUUCAAAUUCCUGGUGGCUCUAUGCUUGAUCAUGUCUGUGAUGUACUUCGUUGAGGUCAUGUACAUGGGGAUUGUGGUAGCGUAUGUCAAGUUAUUCAAGAGAAAACCAGAGAAAGUUUACAAAUGGGAAGCUAUGGAGAAUGAUGCUGAAUGUGGCAGUAAAAGCUUCCCUAUGGUUCUGGUGCAAAUACCUAUGUACAAUGAAAAAGAGGUUUGUGAGCAAUCAAUUGCAGCUGCUUGCAGAAUCUCAUGGCCAUCUAAUCGUAUAAUAAUUCAAGUGCUUGAUGACUCCACUGAUCCAGCCAGUAAGGAACUGGUGAGAAGGGAAUGUGAGAGAUGGUCAAGACAAGGCGUCAACAUAACUUUUGAGAUAAGAGAUAACAGGAACGGAUACAAAGCUGGCGCGUUGAGAGAAGGAAUGAAGCAUAGCUAUGUGAAGCAGUGUGACUACAUUGCUAUCUUUGAUGCUGAUUUCCAGCCUGAACCCGACUUCCUCCACCGUACUGUUCCUUUCUUGAUCCACAAUCCCAAGUUAGCACUUGUUCAAGGCCGGUGGGAGUUUGUGAAUGCGGAUCAAUGCAUAAUGACAAGACUGCAGGAGAUGUCUCUAAGCUACCACUUCACAGUAGAGCAACAAGUUGGAUCGUCAACAUCUGCCUUCUUUGGUUUCAAUGGAACGGCUGGUGUCUGGAGAAUCACAGCACUGAAUGAGUCUGGAGGAUGGAAUGACCAGACAACAGUUGAAGACCUGGACGUAGCUGUAAGAGCCACACUCAGAGGCUGGAAACUACUAUAUAUAGAUGAUCUGAAGGUGAAAAGUGAGUUACCUUGUUCAUUCAACGCCCUCCGUAGCCAGCAGCAUAGAUGGACUUGUGGACCUGCCAAUCUAUUCAGGAAAAUGGCUGGACAAAUAAUAAGAAGUGAGAAUGUUUCUCUAUGGAAGAAGCUGUAUAUGUUGUACAGCUUCUUCUUUAUGCGCAAGGUCGUGGCUCACAUCCUCACCUUCUGCUUCUACUGUGUUAUCUUGCCAGCAACUGUUCUGUUCCCAGAGGUUACAGUUCCUAAAUGGGCUGCGUUUUAUCUCCCUGCUUUGAUCACUCUCUUUAUCGCAAUCGGUAAACCAAGAUCAGUCUACCUGUUGGUGCUCUGGGUUCUGUUUGAGAAUGCAAUGUCCAUGCUUAGAACAAAGGCUCUGGUCAUGGGAUUGUUUGAAACAGGAAGAGUACAAGAAUGGGUUGUGACAGAGAAAUUAGGUGAUGGUCUCAAGACAAAGCUGAUUGGGCAAGUACCUAAUGAACAUCAAGUCAGAUUCAGAGAUAGGGUGCAUUUGCUGGAGCUGUUGCUUGGAGUGUACCUGUUGUUCUGUGGAUGCUACGAUAUCAUAUAUGGGAAGAACACACUCUAUCUCUAUGUGUACCUUCUAAUGCAGUCAACAGCCUUCUUCGUUGUUGGUUUUGGAUUUGUGGGAAAGUAA